AUGCUGAUUGAUUGCUGCGCGAUGGAGAAGAUGUUCAACAGGUUCUUCGUGCUUCAGGCGCAACGCUUGUGCCGCCUGAAUCCGAUAUACCAGGACAACUUCACCGAAGCCUUCGGCGUGCAGUUCAACACCGUGCACAGGUUAGAAACCAACAAGCUGCGGAACAUUGGGAAGUUCUUUGCCCAUCUCCUCUAUACGGAUGCAAUUCCUUGGAGUAUUUGGGCGCAGGUGAAGAUCUCCGAAGAAACCACGACCUCCAGCUCCCGUAUCUUCAUCAAGGUGAUCUUCCAAGAGCUUUCUGAACUGUGGGGCAUCAAGAAGCUGGUGGAUCGACUUCGGGAGGAGGAGUUGAAGCCCUUCUUCGUGGGCCUCUUCCCCAAGGACCAUCCAAAGAACGUCCGCUUUGCCAUCAACUACUUCACUGCCAUCGGCUUGGGCGUCCUCACUGAGGACCUACGCUCCUUCCUGGAACAGGCUGCGGAGGAACGUGCCAUGGAGGCGCGGCUGUGGCUGACGGGGGCUGACUGCCAGAAUGAGAAGUGCCUCCUGGAGACGGAGCCCUGGCUGGCGCGAAUGCAGAAGGAGAUCGAGGAUAAGACCAGCGCGGAGUACCAGAGGCAAACCUGGGAGGUUGGCAAUAUCAAGAACAUAGUGGAGGACUGGGUGGCAGAGCUGUUCCAGGAGAACCUGGUGCGAGGUGCGCUGAUCAGAGCGCAGAUGGCUUCGCCCGGCUUCACCCAUGUCUUUGCAGCGCUUCUGGCAGUGAUCAACUCCAAGCUGCUAGGGCCGGAGGUUGGCGAUCUGCUCAUUCGGCGAGUGAUUUUGCAGUUCCGUCGCGCCUACAAGAGGAAUGACAAGAUCGUCACAACCGCUGCAAUCAAGUUCAUGGCUCACUUAGUGAACCAGAAGAUCUGCUCGGAGCUGCUGGCGUUGCAUGUGGCCACCUUGUUGCUGGAGCGCGUGACGGAGGACUCUAUCGAGGUUUGCGUCAGCUUCCUCCAGGAAGUGGGCCAGGCGCUGGAGGAUCUCUCGAAGUCCGGGUGCCAGGCCAUCUUCGAGCGGUUCCGCACGAUUCUGCACGAGGGUGAGAUUGACAAGCGCGGGCCCAAGUGUCAGAUUCACGUGUGGAGGGUGCAGUACGUCAUCGAAGGGCUCUUCGAGACGCGAAGGAAGAAGUUCAGCGACCAUCCUAUGGUUCUCGAGGAGCUUGACCUGGUUGACGAUGAUGAUCAGAUUACGCACGAGGUGGACUUGCUCGAGGAGACCGUCAAAGGCGAAGAAACACUGAACAUCUUCAAAGCCGGAGCGAUACCGCCAGAGCAGUACGCUGCUGAUGAGGCCAAGUGGAAGCUGAUCUCCAGCGAGAUCUUGGGCUUGGAGCAGGACGAAGGCAGCGACAGCAGCGCGGAUUCGGACGAGGAGGCGGACGCCGCAGCUGAUCGGCGGGCGCAGGACCGAGCUGAGAAACGGGAUUCGGCGCCGGAUGUGUUGUGUUUUCUUUUGGUUUCCAAAACAACGAACAGCCGUUGGUGUCCUUUUUAG